CAACAUCUCUACACGCAGACCGUGAAAACUCUUGAGCCAGACAGCCCACAGAUCAGCGAUAUAUUUUCCUACAGACAGUUCAGCUGGAGAAUUCAGUGCCAAAUAUAUUUAAAAUUUAAAAUUUCUCUUUUCAGUUUGCGCAAAAUCAUGGAAGUGACUUCAUUGUUGGCCCUAGCUGUUGUAGUAACGACUAUCUUCUACUGGUUGAUGAGGAAACCGAACAAUCUUCCACCAUCUCCUGGUAUAGCUCUGCCUAUUGUCGGCCAUUUGUAUCUGAUGGAGCGAGACCCAAGACAGCAGUUUAAAAAAUGGUCUCAAAAACUUGGCGCUAUCUUCAGUUUAAAGUUAGGACAAGAAACUGUCGUCGUUUUGAAUUCUUUUGAGGUCAUAAAGGAGGCUCUAGUCAAACACGGGGAUUCCUUAUCUGAUCGAUCGACUAGAUCAUUUAUGGCUAGAAAUGUGCCUCACAUUACGAAUGGAAUACUCUUGGCAUCUGGUUCAGACUGGAAAGAGCAACGAACUACCUCGCUUUCAAUUCUUAGAAAAUUUGGCUUGGGGAAAAAUAUCUUGUCGGAAACAAUAGCAGAAGAGAUCAGAAUUUUAUUGAAAAACCUUGCAAAUGAAAAUGGCAAACCAAUUCGGAUCCGGGGACUUCUGAAUAUUAGUGUUUGUAAUAUAAUUUCGUCCAUCAUUUUCGGAAGACGAUUCGAUUAUGACGAUCCUAAGCAUAACCAUCUGACAGAGUUGCUCAACGACUUAGUGCGUUUAAAUUCUGGCGUCAUACAGCUCAACUUUCUUCCGUUUUUAAAAUACCUGCCCAAAUACAGAACGACGGGUCAACAAUUGGUCUCUAUUGCUACUGAGAUUCGAGAAUUCUCAAAGUCGAUUGUUGAAGAAAUAAGGAAGAGCUACGACCCGAAUAAUCUGGACAAUUACAUAGUAGCCUAUGUCCAUGAGAUGGAGAAGAAACGCCAGUUAAACCAGCCGACGUAUUUAAACGAGAUUAGUCUAGUUCGACACAUUGACAAUCUGUUUCUUGCAGGGACGGAGACCACCAGCACCACAAUAUUGUGGGCUUUGUAUUUUGUCUUACUCCACCCGGAGACGCAGAAUAAAAUUUACCAGGAGAUCAAGGAAUAUGUUGGGUUAGGCCGAGCACCCACCAUGUCUGAUAAACCACAGCUUAAGUAUUUGAACGCUUUUAUCAUGGAGACUCUGAGAUUUUCAAGCACAAUUCCGUUUAGCGUUACUCAUGUCUGCUCUCAAGACACUGUUCUUAACGGUUUUACCAUUCCCAAAGACGCUCAGGUCAUUCCAAAUUUAUAUGCUGUUCUUCACGACGAGAUAAUCUGGGGUGAUCCUGAGAAUUUUCGACCUGAAAGAUUUCUGGACGAGCAAGGAAAUUUGAUAAAGAGAGAAGAACUCAUACCUUUUUCUAUCGGUCGCAGAAUUUGUCUUGGGGAAUCCCUGGCUAAGAUGGAACUUUUCUUGUUCCUGUCCUCCAUGUUUGAGAGGUUCGAGUUCCUGUCUGAUAAACCUAAUCAAUCUAUUUCCAAGAUUGAAAUUUUUGGUGGUGUUGUUUCUCUUGCACCUUUUGACAUUAAAUGCGUUAAAAGACUACAGUAGCAGUAAAGGCUAAUAUUUGGUCCCAAACCACUGUUUAAACACACUACUAAACAGAACAUUCCAUUCUGUUUCCUUUUCUUUUCAAACCCAGUUAUCUCGUACUUUUUUUCAUUGUAUUUUUUUCAAUCUUCUGUUACGAGAAGAUUGCCAAAGAGAACAAAUUAUUGUCGGAACCUUUAUAUAUCAGAUCCAUUAAUGUCAUGUUCCAUCUGGGUUGUGACCCAUCUAUGUCCUGACCUAUUUAUGUCGUUACCUAACUAUGUCGAGACCUGUAAUGUUCUGACCUAUCUAUGUCGAGGCAUAUCUAUGUUGUGACCUAUCUAUGUCGUGAUCUACAAUGUCAUGAUCUAUCUAUGUAAAAAUCUUUCUUUGUUAUGACCUAUCUUUUUCAUGACCUGUCUAUGUUGUGGUCUAUCUAUUUUAUUACCUAUUUUUGUCGUUAGCUAUCUAUGGCGUGAUUUAUGUAUGUCGGUACCCGUCUAUCUCUUUACUCAUUUAUGUCGUGAUAUAUCUAUGUCGCAGACUCUAUGUAUGUCGCGACCUAUCUAUGUCGAAAACUCUAUGUAUGUUGCGACCUAUAUAUGUCGAAAACCCUAUGUAUGACGUGACCUAUCUAUGUCAAAAACCCUAUGUAUGUCGUGACCUAUCUAUGUCAAAAACUCUAUGUAUGUCGUGACCUAUCUAUGUCAAAAACAACACUUUCCUUGUUGCUGAUACUUUGCAUGCCGCAAAAUUUUGUGUUUAAUUUGAAUAACAACGUUUACGGCUUGAAUUUCAAAUGAAAGAAUGUAUUCUUGGAUUGUAACCUUCAUUUUACAAUGUUAGAUUUUGCUUAAUUUA